AUGCCUGCCGAAGUCUCCGAUAUCAAGCAGUUCAUUGAGAUCUGCCGCCGGAAGGAUGCCUCCUCCGCCCGCAUCAAGAAGAACGGCAAGAACCAGCAAACCAAGUUCAAGGUCCGCUGCCACCGCAACCUUUACACCCUUGUCUUGAAGGACUCCGAAAAGGCCGACAAGCUCAAGCAGAGUCUGCCCCCUGCCCUCAAGGUCGUCGAUGUCUCCAAGGGCACCAAGAAGACCAACUAA